AAGAUUAUGAGCUUAGUAUACAACUUAAAGUAGCGGUCCAAGCGGAUUUACCACAGAAUAAAAAGAUGAACGACAAAUUUGGUAAUACGGAACCAUGGGGAAAAGUGGGGGGUGAAGAUUAUAUCAGAUGGAGGGUGAGAGUUGAGAAUAUGUUAAAUAGAAAUAGUCGAAUUUGGAUGUUUGAAAAUGGUCAAGAUAAUACACAGUCAUUACCCACAUCUCCAACACUCCAUAAUUCAUUUUACGAUCAUCGAAUCAUUCCCCAAGGACCUCAGGUCAUAGAUGGGACUUUUGUAACUGUGGGUCCAAAAAAACGACGUGGGAACUUACCUAAAGCUACAACAGCCUUACUUAAAGACUGGUUAGCCCGACAUAAAAAGCAUCCCUAUCCGACAGAGGAAGAGAAGCAAGGUCUUGCAAAGGAAACCAUGUUAAACUUACAACAGAUUUCCAACUGGUUUAUUAAUGCACGACGUAGGCAUCUGCCUCUUAUGCUCAACUCAUCAAAUUCUAAGAGCACCGGUAAUGAUCUAGAUAUCUAUCCGUACAAAACUGCUGAAAAAGCUAAUGGCGACGCUUCGGAUAAGUUUACGAAGCAUCGUACAGCAAAAGCAGGCUCUCGGAUUAGUAACGGUGCGGUUGAUAAACCACGUCCGUGUAGAGGAAAACGUCAUAGAAAUCUCGUUUAA